CGCUGCUCGCGGGGCUCAAGCGCUCGCUCGGGUCGCGCGGAUUUGUCCCCGCGUCAUUCCCCGUAAAGCAUUUCGUUCAAGACGAACGAAGCUUAACCAAGACAGAGACGCAGACGCGUGCCGCUAACCUUAGCACGUCAUUCUCACUCCAAUCGGUCGCCUAGGAAACGCGACUCUAUAAUGGAGGUUAACUGGCGACAACUGCAGACCAGCAUCAUCGACGAGGUGAAGAAGUACCCGUGCCUCUACGAUUCCAACUACAUCAGCCGAUGGAAUGCGCGGAGACGAGGACCGUAUUGGGAGGCCGUCGCAGAAGCCAUUGACGUAGCAGACCUGACGGACACCGACUGUCGGCGCAUCUGGAAAGGCCUGCGCGACAAGUACGUGCGCGAGAUCCGGCUCGGCUGCGCGCGGAACUCCGAAGGCGCGCUCGUCACGGCGAGCUCCCAGUGGCCGCUGCUCCGGCGCCUGGACUUCCUCAGGGACCACAUACGACACAGGCGCCGAAAAGAGGUCCAAGAGGAGGAGCCGGACAUCGCCGACAACAACGAAUCCACGUCGAUGGACGUCGCGGCGCCUAUGUUCGCGUGCCCGGAUGCAGCCACUGAGGACGUGGGCGCGGAGGGGCGCUUGGGUUCGCCGGUGGACUUCGAGAUCGACGUGUCACAGGGGCCCAGCUACAACACGGAUUCCGAGGAGGAAGCCGAAGCAGCCGCUCCGUCGCCCCGGGCCCCCGACGACGCCUCCGGCCGGACCGCCAGUGGGCGACCGCGAAGGCGCAAGUCGAUCGCACAGCCGCGUAUGACCUCGCCGGGACCGCUGGACAGCGCUCGGCGGCGCGGCGCCUACGGCCUCAGGAGGAACACCAGGGGAAAGAGGGGGAGACCGAAGGGAACGACUCCGAGAGGCCGGACGACGGCGCCGCCGACCGACGACGUCGAUUGGCACCCCCGAAAACGUGGUCGACCCCCAAAGGCGACGACGCGACGACAUUGGGUGGAAAGGAGCUCCUCUACCGACGAGGAGGAAGACGUCGCCAACGAGAAGGAAGACGUCACCAACGAGAAGGAAGACGUCGCCAACGAGGAGGAAGAUGUCGUCGGCGAGGAGGAAUACGUCGCCGGCGAGGACGAGCGACCCAUCAGCGACUACGUCAAAGAAGAACGCGACAGAGAGGACACGAACAAGGCCGAGGCAGACAUCGAGGCGGCGUUGUGCAGGUUCAUCACGACCAUCGUCGACAAGAUGGCAUCGUCGUCUUCGUCAGUGGCUGGCGGCCCGGUCGGUGCGAAAUCCGUCAAGACGGAGAUGCGAGUGGACGCCGGGGACAGCGACACACUGUUCUUGCUGGGACUGAGGGGCCCGAUGUCGAGGCUGGACGCCAAGAGCAAGUCGCUCGUGCAGAUCGACAUGCUCAGGCUGCUGCAAGAGCGGAUCGCCGACGCCGAAGCUCGACGACCGGACUCCGACGACGACGACGAAGAGCGAAGGGCGGCCGACAAAGCCAGUGCUGCGAACCGCUGAGCAGCCGUCCUACAAACUCUGCGCUGAAUGCGCCUCAUCAGCGAAAGUGAAAACCCGAACAAGAAUAGAAAAAAUUGACAGUCACUUUAGCAUACGCCAAAGAGGUUGAAGGCGAAAGCCUGCGCGCUCAAGAGACAUUCAUUAAAUUACUUGACAUUGUCA